UUCCUGUUCAUUAUUAUUAUUAUUAUCCAAAGUGCCUUUUUGCUUCUGUUAGCAAAACCAGAAUCCCCCAUGCCCCAGUUUUAGCAGCUAAUGUCCACAAUAGGGGCAACUGAUCCAGCACAGGAGUUAAAUAUAACCGUGUCUAGUGCAAGGAGAAGAUUUAAUGGGAAAUGGUUGUCAUUCUUUCUUCCUAAAGGCACGGGAAGGGGGGGGGGGGGGGGGGGGAGAGAGAGAGAGGGAGACGUACACACAUAGACACACACGCAUCCCACCGCGAAGGAAGAGGCAGAGAGCAGGCAAGGCAGAGAGGGAGCGAGGGUAGAGACAGAGAUCCCCAAAGCAGCCCUGCGCCUCUGAGGUGGAAGCUGCCAGGGCACAGCCAGCAUGUUGGUCCUCAGCCCGCUUGUCUGGGGAUCUUACCUGCAGCUUGUCUUCUGCUUUGCUUUAUCUCAGACUGCGUACGUUGACAAUGUCUUCUCAGUUUCAGCAGAUCUCCCUUGUUUGGAACAGAAGAAACAGCUCAACCUCAGAGCGUGCUGCCUCCUCAUCCCUCCUCCACCGCCCCUGUUCCCACCACCAUCCUUCAGGCAUGGCUGGAACACUAAACUCCUUUCCCUGGAUAUGAAAGAGUUGUGUCAGGAGCACCCGAUAAUACAGGCUCCCUCUCUGCCUAAAUCAUAUUGCCCUGCAGGGCCACCUGGCCCCCAGGGCCCACAAGGGAUUCCUGGUAUAAUGGGACCAAAAGGGGAGAAAGGGGAGAUUGGCAGGCCAGGAAGAAAGGGUAGACCAGGUCCCCCGGGUGUCCCUGGAAUGCCAGGACCAAUAGGAUGGCCUGGACCUGUGGGACCGAAGGGUGAAAAGGGAGAGUUGGGUGUGAUGGGAUUGCCAGGUACAAGAGGACCAAUGGGCUCCAAGGGUUUUCCUGGAACUAGAGGAGAAAAGGGAUCCAGAGGUGACAGGGGUGACAAAGGAGUCAAAGGAGACCAGGGAGAAAUAGGCUUCCCUGGAAUGCUGGGACAAAAAGGAGAGAUGGGCCCGAAGGGACAAUCGGGAGUACCAGGACACAGAGGACCUAUAGGAAGACCUGGAAAACGAGGCAAACAAGGGCUGAAGGGAGACACUGGACCUGCAGGUGUCAUGGGUCCACCUGGAAGGCCUGGUCCUUCCGGCCAGCCAGGCCCCCCUGGACCUUCAGGAUCAGGGCAAUUCGCAAUAGGACCAAAAGGGGAAAGAGGACUUCCAGGACUUCCAGGGAGAUGUCUUUGCAGACCCCCACAACACAUGAGUAACCCGCCAUAUGAGGAAUCUGUGUUUGGACACAGUUAUCCAAAAGUCCCUGUGAUUUUUGUGGUGAAUAAUCAAGAAGAAUUGGACCGGUUAAACACAGAAAAUGCCUUAGCUUUUAGAAGAGAUCAGAGAUCUUUGUAUUUCAAGGAUACCUUUGGAUGGCUCCCAGUCCAGCUAUCCCCUUUCUAUCCCAUGGAUUACCGCUUCGAGGAUGGCAAUACUUGUGGAGAUGGGAUUGUACAGGAUGGGGAAGAGUGCGAUGAUGGCAAUACGGUUGUGACUGAUGACUGUAUAAGAUGCCGCCGUGCUUACUGUGGAGAUGGCUACAGACAUGAAGGGGUUGAAGACUGUGAUGGAAAGGAUUUUGGAUAUUUGACAUGUAAAACAUAUCUCCCUGGGUCUUAUGGAAAAUUGCGGUGCACUUCUUAUUGCUACAUCGACUCUACACAGUGUCGAUACUUCACAUGAGGGGAGCGGAGGUGGGUAGCAUCCCACAUGCAGCGGGGUGCUAGGUGCUACACUGUCAUCUAUCCAAGAAGGACUGGGACAAAAAAUAUACCCACCCACCUCUGUAUGAAAGCAAAGAAAGAGACAUCAUGCUGCUGAUGGCCAUUUUGAGAUGUUUUUCUUUUGUUUUUAAAUUGUCAGAUUGGGAAAAAAAUAGGACCACUGCAUCUUGUCUUAAUAGAGAAAUGUCAAACCGUGUUUGCCAGUAAGACCUUUAUGUGGCUGUGGGUGGCGACUCACCCUCCAUCACAAAUGUCAUGUUAAGCUACUGGAAACUGAGUUUCACUAACCAGGAAUAACGUGUAACAAUUACCUCUUUUUAGCACUGUUAAACCUACAUGUAAGAUCUUCAGGGUUUCUGUCUUUGAACCUCCUAAGCAUAAACACGAAGCAUAUCUUGGAUGCGCUGUUUAUAGAGACUUUCUCUUUUAUUACAAUGUGAACUUUGCAAGUGUUGUAUCCACGAGUGAUGGCUUCAGUGACAUUAAGGGUAACUGUACACCUUCGUGGGUUGAAGGAGCAGAUGCCCUUCAGUAAAUGCUUUCAGGAUCAGAAAUCAGUCAAAAAAACGCUAGUUAUCUUCACCUUUAGGCUAAGAGAUUUGGCUGUGUGCGUCUGCGCGCAUGCAUAGGAAUGCAAUCACAGGAGUCCUGAAACUUCAGACCAGAAGGCCAAAAGGACAAAUGUACUGUGAAAUAACCAAGGAGAUCUCUCCCACGAGAGAAAUCAGACAAGGAGCAAAGAUAAAGAAGGAACACUUUUCCGUAUUUUUCACCUUUGUGCUAAGCUGGCUGGGAUCUGUGUGACCCCAAAGGGGCUGAGACAGCAUUGGUCACCUGCCUGAAACUACAGCAUGACUAUGUACACAUUGCCUUCACUCUGGUUUCUAUACUAGAAGGUCUUCUCGUUUUCAUCCCCUUGUCCAUCCAACCUUCAUCACUGAAUCCCGGUUAUAUGCUGUUCUCUCCCGUUUGUUGUUUCCACCAUUGUGUCUGGGGUACCCCGAGUGUAUGUUCUCACUUUUGUAUUGCUGUAAAUCAGGCCUUGGAGUAGGGUGUUCAUGGAUGCUUAUACAUGCCGUGUAAUGAACAGUGUAAUGUACAUGUAUUUUUGUUUUUAAGAAAGUUUGUUCAACUAUAUUAGCUCUGAUAGGAGUCAGGGUAAUUAUGUACUUAUUUAUUAGUAAGCAUUAAAGAUCAAAUUUCACAUGGGAAGCAUAUUAAAUGUUAUGUGUGAAAGAGUCUAUAACAGAGAAAAAUGAAGCAAUAGAUGUGCAGAAUACGGGACUAAAAACCUCAAAUCAAGGUGUUAUUUUCAUACAAGCCCCUCUUUCCUGCUUCACGAUCAAUGCUGCACACAACUGUUUGAAAUGCAAGAGUUAUCUGUACCAGUGACAGCACUGUAACAGCCGCACUCACACUGGUACUGCUGUAAAGGUUAAAUAAAGGUGGGUGUUGUGUUAUAAUGAUAAUGCAUUAAAGCAAUUGAGAAAUGCACACAGCUUUCGCCACCUGUAUAGCAGUCUUUAACUCCGCAUAUCCAAAGUGAUACUGGAAACAACAAAACCCACAGUUGGUGUGCUCUUUGUGGCUAUCACUUACUUGGGCUGUUUAUGUUGUUAUGAAGCCAAGCCACCAGCAUCUGUAGCCCAGUUCAAAAUUUUCCAUCUGGUUGCUUUUCUUCUUUUUAAAUAGAGGUCUUAAUAAAAGGUCAAGGAACCACU